CCCACGCUGAAGACUGAGCUGGCGGCUGCAGUGACCUGGGUGGCUUUCCCUGGCCCCAGGGACACGGCUCUCCUCGAGACUGCACCAUGACCCAGGGAAAGGUUUCAGUGGUUAACAAGGCCCCUGGGACCGAGGGGCAGCAACAGGCAAAUGGAGAGAAGAAGGAGACUCCAUCAGCUCCCUUGGCCCCUCCUACUUAUGAGGAAGCUACCUCAGGGGAGGGGCUGAAGGCUGGGGCCUUCCCUCCACCAGCCCCAACUGUGCCCUUUCAUCCUAGUUGGGCUUACGUGGACCCAAAUAGCAGCCCUGGCUAUGGAAGUGGCGGCUACUCUGGAGACCCUGAGAUCUUCACCACUUUCAGCUGGGAUGAUCCUAACGUGAGAAGAGUAUUUGUCAGGAAGGUCUACUCCAUCCUAAUGAUCCAGCUGCUGAUGACUGUGGGUGUUGUGGCUCUCUUCACCUUCUGUGAACCAGUCAAGAUGUAUGUUCAGAGCAACCCAGCCUGGUACUGGGCAUCCUAUGCUGUUUUCUUCAUGACUUAUCUAAUCCUGGCUUGCUGUUCUGGACCAAGGAGAUAUUUUCCCUGGAACCUGAUUCUCCUGAGCAUCUUUACCCUGUCCAUGGCCUACCUCACUGGGAUGUUGUCCAGUUACUACAAUACCAAGUCCGUGCUUCUGUGUCUGGGGAUCACUGCCUUGGUCUGCCUCUCUGUGACUCUGUUCAGCUUCCAGACCAAGUUUGACUUCACAUCCUGCCAAGGCAUCCUCUUUGUACUUCUCAUGGUUAUGUUCUUCAGUGGGAUCCUUCUGGCCAUCAUCCUUCCCUUCCAAUAUGUACCUUGGCUUCAUGGGAUCUAUGCUGUGCUGGGAGCAAUCGUGUUUACAAUGUUCCUGGCGUUUGACACACAGCUGUUGAUGGGAAACCGGCGCUAUUCCUUGAGCCCAGAGGAAUAUAUUUUUGGAGCACUCAACAUUUAUCUGGACAUCGUCUACAUCUUCUCCUUCUUUCUGCAGCUUUUUGGCACCAACCGAGAUUGAAAAGGCUUCCCUUUUUCCAACUCCAAGAAAUGCAACCCGUUUGUCCCCCUGUAACAUCCAUCCCCUGCUCUUUCCUAGCCCCUAAGAUAUAGCACUAAACAUCAUCCUAGCCAUUAUCCCUCUGCCAGCUAUGCUCCUUCUACAGCAUUCUUGGAGUUAUUUUCUGUAGGUUGUAUAUAUGUGAGGAAUUCCAGAAGCCUAAAGGACUGGAGUCGCUAAAUUUCCUGCUUCCCUGACCAUCAGGACUCUCAUUUCCAUUUCCAAACGUGAGAUUGUAAAUCCAGUGUACUCCCUAUCUCCUACCUUAGUUUUGGGGUGUUAAGAGUCCAAGGGAUAAGGCAGACAAUGGUGUAGGAACUUAGAUGUCAACAUAGGGACCCAAGGGUGAGCUGAAUCCUGAACCCCAGAAGAUUUGGGAGAAAACUGUUUCCCCUCUUUGUCACUGCCCUCAUUCCUACCUUUCCCUGGGUCAAAAACUGAAGCAUUUUAUGGAAGGGGAUAAGUUGGCAUAAGAGGGUAACAUAGCCUACCAAGAUUCACACCCUGAAGAUACACAGAAGCGGCAUGGUGUAGUAGAGUCACAGGAACUGGGUUUGAGUCUUGUGUCAGCUGUGCUCUACGUAUGUGACCUUAGACAACACCCUUAGCCUCCCUAAGCCCCAGUACCCUAUGUAUAAAAUGAGGUCCUUUCUAGCUCCAAAGCUAUGAGCUUGUCUGUGAUACUAUUAUACUUGGGGGAAGAAAAUGAGGAAUCCUGUUUAAAGAAUGGCAAUCCUUAAAAUGGCCCUUCAUUGUACAUGUGGGAGUUUCAGUUAGAUCUGUGAUUGCGUUUCCAACACAGUGCUAAAAAGAUGUAUGUGUAGAGUUGGGCCCCCUGGAGUAGCAGGGGCAGGGAGAAGUGAGCCCCUGCUAACAGUCUUGUCUAAAGGUCUGCUCUGAUGCCUCUGAUAGUGAGACAGGGAAUAGAGGUACCAAGCUGAGUCACAUAUCAGAAGGAGAUCACAGCCUAAAGAAAUAACAAGUCAGUGCCCAGAUAUGCCCAAUCAAAGGAGUUAUUUGAGAGAUGUAGAACAGCCCUUGAUGUACCUUCUGCCUCCCUGUGGUAUAGAGCUGGCUAAAAGAAUUGAGAGUCAUUUCCCUUCUAGAUCCUCAAGUUGUCUUCCUAAGAUUCUAAGGACUGGAGAGGACUUGGGAUUGGUGAAUAGUGCAAAGUAGAAAUGGUUCCUGGGCCCUACUCUGGCGAGUAACAGAGAAGAGCCUUUAAAAAAAAAAAAAGUACUGGUUUGGAUGGGAGAUAGAAUAGCUACUGUGCCGGGAUCCCCGGCAGGGGAAUCCCUUCUCCCUCCCCCCAUCCUGGGGUGGCCACCUCUCUGCACUCCAUUUCCCCAAAGUGCCUCCCUAGCUUGUUGCCUUGCCAAAUAGCAAACCCAGGUCUUAAAUGCCCAAGCCAGAGCCUAUCUCUACAUACUCCAAAGAGAAGACACUUCUCACCCUUCCCAGCUUCCAUUCUCUCCCCCUCUUCAGUCCAGGUCACCCCAACCAGCUGCUUUCCCCAACCUCCCCUGAGGGGUCAAGUGUGCCCCUUCUCUCCUCUUUAUCUUCCCAUCUCCUCAGUUUGGAAACUGGCCAGCCUAUGGCUAAUUCAACCAGGCCCCUGAUAAGAACCGGGUUGUGAUGAGGCUGGGGCCCCUUUUCGCCUGGGCGGUCAGCUGGGAUCCUGGGCAGGUGCGUGUGCGUCAGCCACCUAGCCUCUGGCAGUGUAGCCUGCAUAUGGGAGGGGACUCAGUUAGUGAAGCCUGGGGGCGUGGGGGUGGAGAGGGAAGGAGCUGGCUACUCAUUCAUGCUAUGGUGGCUCUGGUACCAGUGGAAAAUUACUGGAUGAAAUGUUGAAGCCCCUCACCCCAGCCAUCAGAGUUCCUUCUUCCCACCUUUCCUUCUAGCCUCCUUUUUGCAUGCUCAUUCUGCACAGGAUGCCUGUUGCAUGAGCAAGAACUUCCCUGGGCUUUGAGGCUGAGCUAAGAUUUUCCAUUUAGGGAAGGAAGUGGGAUGUUCUAAAUUCCCCAUACUGCCCCUUGAUUCCCACCCCUUGGUACUUCUAUCUGACAAGGCCCAAAAGGAUUGAAAGCUUUGUGAUAUCUUUGAGUAUUCAAGGGGCAAAGGUACCUGCCAACAGGGGAUUGGAGCAGGAGGCAGUUAGCUGGGCUGUGGCUAGAGUGGGGUGAUUGGGAUUCUCAGAGUGGUACAAAUUUAGAGGCCCCUCACAGCAUAUAUAUUUCUUCAGCAGGGUAGAAACAACUGAGCUUAGUGCCCAAGUAGCAAGAACAUGGGAGCAGCUAGGUGGCACAGUAAAUAGAGCU